UGUCUGUAGCAAUAUGGCCGCAGCGAUCGAGCGGGGAAGUACUUGUAAUGAAAACAUGAAAGUUCUGUCUAACGCGGUUCCUCUAUCGUUAAAGAUAAUUGCAGAGUGUCCGGUGACAAAGGCAAGAGCCUGUGAUCUGCUGCUCCCUCACAGUCACGUCAGCACCCCGGUGUUCAUGCCGGUCGGCACUCAGGGGACUUUGAAAGGAAUCACAGUGGACCAGCUAAGUGGGCUGGGAUGUCAAAUAUGCCUCGGCAAUACGUAUCAUCUGGGCAUGAGACCGGGGCCUGAGCUGAUAGAAAAGGCCAAAGGGCUGCAUGGUUUCAUGAACUGGGACAAAAACCUCUUAACAGACAGUGGAGGGUUUCAGAUGGUGUCCCUAGUUGAGCUCUCCGAAGUCACAGAAGAAGGAGUCAAGUUCAAGUCUCCGUAUGACGGCCAAGUAAUCCUCCUCACGCCUGAAAAGUCCAUCAGUAUACAAAACAGCCUGGGGUCAGACAUCAUGAUGCAGCUGGACGACGUGGUCAGCAGCACAGUCACUGGCCCCCGGGUGGAGGAGGCCAUGCACAGAUCCAUCCGCUGGCUGGAUCGCUGCAUAGCCGCAAAUAAAAAUCCAGACAAACAGAACCUUUUUGCUAUCAUUCAAGGAGGCCUUAAUCCAGAGCUGCGGAAAACCUGCCUGGAUGAAAUGACCAAACGCAAUGUUCCGGGUUUUGCCAUCGGAGGACUGAGUGGUGGAGAAGAAAAGGACGAUUUUUGGCGGAUGGUGACUCUCUGCACCGACCACCUACCUCGAGAAAAGCCUCGCUAUCUGAUGGGAGUCGGUUAUGCUGUAGACCUGGUGGUGUGUGUGGCGCUGGGGUGCGACAUGUUCGACUGCGUGUUUCCCACUCGCACCGCCAGAUUCGGAUCAGCCCUGGUUCCUUGGGGCUCAGUCCAGUUGAAGCAGAAGCAGUACGCCAAAGACUUCCAACCUAUUGACCCUGACUGUACCUGCCCUACAUGCAAAAGACACAGCCGGGCCUAUCUUCACGCUCUGUUCAAGUCUGACACGGCUGCCAUGCACCACGUCACCAUCCACAACGUAAACUACCAGCUCACCCUCAUGCGCUCUGUGAGACAAGCCAUCGUGGAGAAGCGUUUCCCAGAGUUCAUAAGAACAUUCAUGAAGCGCAUGUUUCCCUCUCGUGAGCUGUACCCGGGCUGGGCUGUGGAUGCGUUGGCGUCUGUCAACAUCACGCUGGAGUAAAACAAGGACCUCUUUCUUUUAUGUUAAACUCAUUUUCCGACUGUUUAUAUACACAUUAUUUUCUACUUUGCUAUUAUACUCGCCUUGUCCGGGGACCAAUCCAAAAAAAUGUUACGGCCUUGUUGUCUGUAAACUGCUCCCUGACUGAACAUCAUACUAAUGUGAGACUGAGUGGGGUUUAAAUGAGAUUUGAAACACAUGAACUAUCUCCUUUGAUACACUCAGUCACUUUUUGUUGUUACCAUGGCUACACUGCCAGAUCCACCCACUUGAAACGGUUCAUCUCACUGUUCCCUCUUUGUGUUAUCCUUUCUUGUAUGCGGCAACUGCAGGCUCCUUCUGACCAGAUGAAGCGGUCAAAAAAAAUGAACUGUCUAAAGUGUGUCUUUACAUGUCUUACAGAUGCUCGACUUGUUUACUUCACGUUGUGUUUUUGCCUUACCGCCACUAGGGGGCAAAAAUCUAUAAAAAGUCAAGUGAAGCUCUGGUUCAGUUCGAAUAAUAAAGCUCUGAAUUUUUCAUAGUCCUCCGACUGACAAUGAUCGUUUUGUCCUCACAGCAAUUUGUUA